AUCAAUGAGUCUGAGAGCAGUGGCCCUCUUCCAUUGUUAUUCAACAAUUUUGAGAUCCAUUGGCACUAUUGGUCAUGGCCCAGCCAACAACUUCAAAAGGUUUGAAAGGAAAAUUCCUAAUGAGAUGCACAGAAUGCCAGGAAUGUGUUCAUGUGCGGUCUACAAAAUGCCAGAGAUGUGGGUACAACUUUAAAGCUCGUCGGAUGGAAAGCAAAAAAAAAAUGGAAGAAUCUCUCCUCCUUAUUGGAAAGAAGGUAGCAGAACGAAACAACAUCUCCCGGGCUUACAGAGCCAUUGAGAAGCAGAUGGCAAAAAUGCGUGGUGCUGGGUAUGAAACCGUGUUCAUCUAUUACAAAAAAGGACUCCAUAAAGCUACUCAAGGCAUUUUGCCAGCAGAUUGCCUAACAGCAGCAGACUGUAAAUCAAUAAGCAAUAUCUUCCAUUUGUAUUCACAUCCCAAUACAUGA